AAACCAUGGUGAGCAAGGAGAGCAGCAGGGUCAUGCUCUCCAACUCAGAGUCAGAUUCAGAGACAGGCCCGUCACAUAGCUUGGAGGCGCAAUAUGGUCCUGACGGCAAACAGCAGGUGAAGAAGAGGAACAAAGCCUUACAAGUCCGCUUCAAGGACAUCUGUGACGCCCAGAACGAGCAGCGGGCAGGGGGGCGAGGAGCCAGGUCAAUUUCCUGUAAAGUGGCAUACAGGAAGUACAUGGCGAUGCCUGCACGGCGCUCCAUCCCCAAUGUGACUAAGAGCACGGGUGUCCAGACAUCACCAGACCUUACGAAACACUACCAGACUUUCCCCUUCGAGCGAAAGAAAGGACACACGAUCAAACACACGGCCUUGGUGGAGGACUACAAGGGUCAAAACAAUGGAUUUUUGAGUGACUUGAAAGGUCAGGAGGAGGCAGUGAGUUUAGAGGAGUGCUCGUCCUCUCAGGGUGCAGGGAAGCAUGUGCGGCAGACGAAGGCACUGCUUCACCACAGGGACGACAGCAAUGGCACAGAGGAUCUGUUAUCCGGUGCCAACUGUGUAGACGGACAUGCGCGCAUGGACCCCUCUCUCCUCACAAAGGACACAGAGUGCUUUGCAAAUGACCCAACCUCCAGGGGAGAGCCGGAGAACCAGGCAUGUGGCGCAAGGACCAAACACAAAGGAUUAUCCAAAGUGGAUGCGACGGGUGCCAACCAUUCCGCCAAACGCCAGCUGGCAAACUGCGAGGAACCCUUACAGGACACAAGGUCAAAGGUCACAAGUCCUGUUGCCUGGAACUCCCUGACGCAAGUGGAGAGUCUAGGCCUAGGGAGUCCGUCGGUGCACUACAAACGCAAGAAGUCCAUGCAAACCAAUCGACCACAAUCUCAGACACUGCCCCACCCCCACAGUGGUGGCUGCUCUGUGGCCAAGGUAAAGGCACAUCAGUACCGAUCAGGGACUUUACCAGCCCCAAGGAAACCACAGCCGGGCCUGGAGGACCAGGCUUGCCCCCCAGGACGGCAGGGUGCCUGCCAGCAGAUAGUGCCCUUACCUGGGAAUGGUGAUAUUAAAGGAAAGCUCCAGGCCAUGGAAAACCUCAUCAGCUCCAGUCAGGAGACCAUCAAAGUCUUACUGGGGGUCAUCCAAGAGCUGGAGAAGGGCGAGGCUCAGAGAGAAGGGUGAGUUGAACUCAUUUAUGUCCACCAUGCAUCAAAUGUGUCUAAAUUCCUCAAGGUGGGAGUUUGACGCUACUUCUUACUUCACAGGAGGGUCGUUUAACAAAUAAUAUAUAUAUAUUUUUUGCAGAAUUGCAUUUUUGAAAAUUUUCAUGUGCCUUGAUUACAAACUCGUUGUAAUCUGUAAAUAUCGAUAGAAUGUUACAUUACGAGCCUAGUUUAGCCAAGCCGAAAGCACUGAGCUAUAUAGGGAGAAAGACAGGAUCCUUCCUGGUUAGCCAUGAUUGGCUGAGAUAAUGGUGGGGCUAAACAUGCCAAGAGAUGAGUCCUGAUUGGUCUGACAUGUCACAGGCUUCUGUCUAUAACAGAAUGGGGGCUUCCCUGGUCAGUUUAUACAGUUGAAGUCGGAAGUUUACAUACACCUUAGCCAAAUACAUUUAAACUCAGUAUUUCACAAUUCCUGACAUUUAAUCCUAGUAAAAAUUCCCUGUCUUAAGUCAGUUAGGAUCACCACUCUAUUUUAAGAAUGUGAAAUGUCAGAAUAAUAGUAGAGAGAAUUAUUUCUUUCAGCUUUUAUUUCUUUCAUCACAUUCCCAGUGGGUCAGAAGUUUACAUACACUCAAUUAGUAUUUGGUAGCAUUGCCUUUAAAUUGUUGAACUUGGGUCAAACGUUUCGGGUAGCCUUCCACAAGCUUCCCACAAUAAGUUGGGUGAAUUUUGGCCCAUUCCUCCUGACAGAGCUGGCGUAACUGAGUCAGGUUUGUAGGCCUCCUUGCUCGCACACGCUUUUUCAGUUCUGCCCACACAUUUUCUAUAGGAUUGAGGUCAGGGCUUUGUGAUGGCCACUCCAAUACCUUGACUUUGUUGUCCUUAAGCCAUUUUGCCACAACUUUGGAAGUAUGUUUGGGGUCAUUGUCCAUUUGGAAGACCCAUUUGCAACCAAGCUUUAACUUCCUGACUGAUGUCUUGAGAUGUUGCUUCAAUAUAUCCACAUAAUUUUCCUUCCUCAUGAUGCCAUCUAUUUUGUGAAGUGCACCAGUCCCUCCUGCAGCAAAGCACCCCCACAGCAUGAUGCUUCCAACCCUGUGCUUCACGGUUGGGAUGGUGUUCUUCGGCUUGCAAGCCACCCCCCUUUUUCCUUCAAACAUAACGAUGGUCAUUAUGGCCAAACAGUUCUAUUUUUGUUUCAUCAGACCAGAGGACAUUUCUCCAAAACGUUCGAUCUUUGUCCCAAUGUGCAGUUGGUAGUCUGGCUUUUUUAUGGCAGUUUUGGAGCAGUGGCUUCUUCCUUACUGAGCGGCCUUUCAGGUUAUGUCGAUAUAGCACUUGUUUUACUGUGGAUAUAGAUACUUUUGUACCUGUUUCCACCAGCAUCUUCACAAGGUCCUUUGCUGUUGUUCUGGGAUUUAUUUGCACCAAAGUACGUUCAUCUCUCGGAGACAGAACGCGUCUCCUUCCUGAGUGGUAUGACGGCUGCGUGGUCCCAUGGUGUUUAUACUUGCAUACUAUUGUUUGUACAGAUGAACGUGGUACCUUCAGGUGUUUGGAAAUUGCUCCCAAGGAUGAACCAGACUUGUAGAGGUUUACAAUUUGUUUUCUGAGGUCUUGGCUGAUUUCUUUUGAUUUUCCCAUGAUGUCAAGCAAAGAGGCACUGAGUUUGAAGGUAAGCCUUGAAAUACAUCUACAGGUACACCUCCAAAUGACUCAAAUUAUGUCAAUUAGCCUAUCAGAAGCUUCUAAAGCCAUGACAUCAUUUUCUGGAAUUUUCCAAGCUGUUUAAAGGCACAGUCAACUUAGUGUAUGUAAACUUCUGACUCACUGGAAUUGUGAUACAGUGAAUUAUAAGUGAAAUUAUUAUGUCUGUAAACAAAGAAGAGCUCUCUAGCAAGUGUGGAAAUCGCAGCAAAAUUUUAAAGGUAUUUUUCUCAAAAGUGGGUGUCCAAGUGUAUCAACUUUAAAAGCAGCAUUGCUUUCCCAUUACUUUCUCAAAUUGCAUUGUAUGAUAUACCAUUUUGUACUUUUCAGGUUCCGACAUUAACGAUGGUCCGCUGGCCUGGAGCCAACAAAAACAUGUCGGGCAAUUGGAUCUCGUUGGGCCAGUAACUUUUCAGCGCAUUUUCGCGUUCCAGUUCAACAUUUACCUCCUCUGUUGCAGUCUACCAUUGAAAAUCAUUAAAGACUACACACGCAAAAGUUAUGCUGUUUGUUUUUGAGCUAUAUGAUUGCCCAUUCAUUCAAGCACCACCACGAUCCCGCAAGUCACAACUUCUCGAGGGCUCGAGCUGCACUGAGUUGAUGCCUUCACACAGCACACGCAAGCUGUCCAGAGCAAAAAGAAGCACCCAUCAAUCUACUCGAAGAGUAUAUUUAUUUUAGGGAAAGUUAUUUUAAAAAGUAAACCUUCAAUAGUGAACAUACUAGCAAUAUGCUGGCUACUGUUGAUAGUCUGCAAAAAGAAAGAUACCUAGCAUUCGUCUUGGCUAGCCUACUGUAGCCAGGUCGAUAUCUCUUUUGGAACGUUUGUCUUAAAGGGUCAGCAUCCUAUUUUGUGAUUUAAAAGAAAUCUCUAAAUGACAUACACUACUGUACUUUAGAAACAAAAAUGAAUGCAAUUAAUACAAUGCAAUUCUAAAGAAUAGAGUAAUGGGCCCUGCAUGACCCCAAUGCAUUUUAAAACUACACUAUGUCCGAGCCAGUAGAAAUUCUGUUCGGGUCAGUAGAUUUUUUGCCAACUGAGAAAAAAAGUCAACGUUGGACCCUGGUUUUAUAAACUGUAAAGAACAGUUUGUCAAAAAAUUACAAUAAGCCUAGGAUCCUGUAACCAGUCACAUAUGGAAUUGAUGUAACUGACAUACUCAAGGCGGCACAUGCAUUUUGUCUGUGUGGUUCAGUCAUCACUGAGAUUUGAUGUUCUAGGUAGUCCUGCAGCCCUUCAAACUGCUGUGGUCUAACAGUAUGUGUAAGCUAAAUUAAGUUUGUGAAUACAUACAUCAAGGCUAUCUGUGUCAUCUCAUUCCAAUAUCAAGGAAGUAAGUGUUCUCUGAUUGUACUAUAGAUAUCAUUAAGUAUAUUUGCUCAGUUGUACAGAGGUACUAACAAGUGCAUAAAGUUUAUGUGCCAACUCCAAAAGGCCAAACGUCUUCAGCAUUAGACUGAAUGCACAAGGCUGUCUGCUCUGCUCCAUCACUAAAGUCCAGAGUGGCACAAAGCAAAUUGCAUUAAGCAUUCGCCACAGCCACUGAAGAACACAGCACCCCUGAUGUCGCUCCUUGAAGCCUAGUUUAAAAGGGCCAAUUAUCAGUGCAUCAUAAAGCACUGGCUUUCAUCUCCUCUGAAGUGUGGGGCUCAUAUGGCCCCUUUAGUAUGUUUCACCACUAUUAUUACAGCCCGCUAGUCACCACAAGGCCCCAGCAUCUCAGCUCCCUCCCCACCUUCUCUCUCCCUGCCAAGCCACUCUAAAGCUGUCUGUCUUCAAAGUGAUGGUCCCAGAUUCCUGGUGGAACAGAACAGUGUCUGAAAGCCCGUCAUAUUCUCACCGGGAUAAAGGCAUUACAGUAUGUGGGUGGAUUUCUCAGGUGAAAGCUCUGCUUUUAGAGCACACAGUGAUGUGGAAGUCAGCGCUAUAGGGACGGUGAGGAUAUCUUAUUUGCACGAUGCGGACCAGCAAAUAACACCGGAGUGAGCCUGUGCCAGCAAACAGUGGCAGAGCUUAGAGAUGACUUAUAGUGUCAGAGCUUAGAGAAUUACUUUCUGACACAAUGUCCGCACAUAAAGUCAUCUGGCCUAACACAACCUUGGUACAUUGCUAGAUUAACUGAAAAUGCAGUUCAGUAAAUACAAUUGUAGUUUAGAUGGUGUGUUACAGUAGACAAGGUCGUGCUAGAAAUGUGAUGACCUUGAUUAUGAUGGUACCACUCAAUAUCUCAACAAAAACCUCCCUUCUGUUUGUGUGACUCGAAGAGUUAUUGUGUACUCAGGCCCUCAACUCCACAUUCAAGAGCAACCACCUCUAAGGUGACAUGGGCAGAUUAACUUGGUGACCUUGCAAUCCCAUCAGCAAUUUCGAUCCAUCCAAGACAGAUAAGGUCAUCCUUAUGACAUGGUGAGCAGCAGAGUCCAACCCCUCUAGUUCUCAUCCAUCAUCCCCCAGUGACAAUAAGAAAUUACAUGUCCUAGUGGACCCGGAUGCCCCUUCUGCUUUCCAGUUGACCACUCCCUACCAGUGGAGGCUGGUGGGAGGAGCUAUAGGAGGACAGGCUCAUUGUAAUGGUUGGAAUGGAAUAAAUGGAACGAUUUCAAAAACAUCAAACAUAUGGAAACCACGUUUGACUCCAUUCCUUUCAUUCCAUUCCAGCCAUCACAAUGAGCCUGUCCUCCUAUAGCUCAUCCCACCAUCCUCCACUGCUCCCUACACACCCUCUGAACAAAAUAAAUGAGAAAUCCCAAUGCUGCCACCAACGUACGUGACAUGAUGGACGGGACUGUUGACACUAGGAGAGUCCUGGAGAGAUUUAUAUAGAUGCCAUCAAAUCUCCAUGCAUGUUCAGGUCACACUUAUGUCUGCUUAAGUGUGCCUCUGAGAUGCCUCAGGAGCAGAAUGUACAUACAGUUGUGCCGAAGAAGGAGGAAGCAUAGCAAUCUAAGUAAUGACAAGACAAUACAGGGCGGACACUGGGAAUUAGGGCUCUUUGGAAUGCCAUAAAGUACACAGACAUCAUUUGUCAUGUUGAUUGUCUUUUGCCUCCAUAAAUCUAAUUAUUUUCUGAAUACAUUCAGUUGGAUGGAGCACAGAGAGAUCAAGUAUAUUGAUUUUCCUUUAGUAUUCAUAAACAUGGUUAAUAAUGCAUUAGUUCUGUUAGAAAGUCUGGAGAAAAAUAUAUUAUGAACACCAUUUGUAUACUGUGUCAUAAGGACAGAGAUGAGCAUAUUACAUCAAGUGAGCAUGUCUAUUACCUGACCAACCCAAUCUCACAGAAGACUGUAGCAUUAUUAACACAAAUCCAUGUUUGAAAAAUAGAUACAUGAAAAUGAAAUAAAUACAUAACGAAAUGCCAUGAAAAUCAUCCAUUAUUUCCCCUCUCCCCAGGCUUUCCUACCGAACGGGACAGGACACAGCCAACUGUGACACAUGUCGAAACAGUGCCUGCAUCAUUUAU